AUGCCAGAUGCAAAAGGUGACGAAACUCUCGAGGCCAAGCCGGCUGAAAACGCGCAUACCGCAGAAGAGACGCGUGCCCCCAGCAUACCCAAGGGCUCUACUGAAGAGGCACGCCCGCCUUCCGCCCAACACGCUCAGCAAACUCCAGAAGUAGACAACCUCGAGUCCAGCGACAUUGAAGAGGAAGAGAGUGACGUCGAUCCUGCAGAUGAAAUUGAGGCUUUCGACUGGGAUGAGCUUCACGAGCGCUACCACCGGGCCAUAGGCACCGCGACGGAGCAAGAACAGGAGUUGCUGCACGAGUUCGCUCAGCUUAUGGAUUUCUUCAAGGUCUGGGCCGACGCUGGCGCCAACCAAGAGUCUGAUCGCACUUUCCUUCGCCUCCGCACACGCAUGACCUAUGUUCAGAACUCCGAGCAGAAGCUAGAAAAAACGCGGCAACACUGUAAGGUCCUGAUGCAGCCUUCUCUGUGCAUGAUUUAA